AUGUCUUCCACAUUCACAGGUAAAAAUGUCAGUCUGGCUAAAGGUCCAGACCCAAAGACAUCUCUUGAAACUGAAAGAGCUGCUCAAAAAUUCAACCCACAAGCUAUGCAAUACUUUUUGGAAGGUUCCAAAGAAAAAGCUGAAUUGAUUAACGAAUUGAUUCAACAGAUGGAAAGAGAUCCAGUCUUGUUUACUGAUGGUUCCGUUUACGAUAUGAGCAAAGAACAAUUGAGAGAAGCCACCGCUGCCAAGAUCAACAGAGUUUCAAGAUACUUGGAAACCGACCCAAUCCAUAUUUUUAGCACAAGAUUGUCAUUGAUUGGUGUUUUUGACCCAGCUGUCUUUACUAGAAUUGGUGUUAACUUGGGUUUGUUCCUUUCUUGUGUAAGAGGUAAUGGUACUUCCUCACAAAUGUUGUACUGGUCUUUGAGUAAAAACACUGCUUAUGUUAGAGGAAUCUAUGGUUGUUUUGGUAUGACUGAAUUGGCUCAUGGUUCUUUUGUCCAAGGUAUUGAAACCACUGCCACUUUUGACAAGGAUAAUGACGAAUUCAUCAUCAACACUCCACAUGUUGGUGCUACUAAAUGGUGGAUUGGUGGUGCUGCUCACUCAGCCACUCACUGUUCUGUUUAUGCUAGAUUGAAGAUUGAUGGCAAAGAUUAUGGUGUCAAGACCUUUGUUGUUCCAUUGAGAGACGCUAACCAUGACUUGAUGCCAGGUGUUUCCGUUGGUGAUAUUGGAGCCAAGAUGGGAAGAGAUGGUAUUGAUAACGGUUGGAUUCAGUUCUCAUCCGUCAGAAUCCCAAGAUUUUUCAUGUUGCAAAAAUACUGUAAAGUUUCUAGAGAUGGUGAAGUUACCAUGCCUCCAAUGGAACAAUUGUCUUACUCAGCCUUGUUAGGAGGUAGAGUUACCAUGGUUUUGGAUUCAUACAGAAUGUUGGCCAGAGUUGCUACCAUUGCAUUGAGAUAUGCCAUUGGAAGAAGACAAUUUAGAGGUGACAACGUUGAUCCAAAUGAUCCAAAUGCUUUGGAAACACAAUUGUUGGACUAUCCAUUGCAUCAAAAGAGAUUGAUUCCAUACUUGGCUGCCGCUUAUGUCAUAUCAGCCGGUGCAUUGAAGAUUGAAAAGACUAUUGAAGAUACCAUGGAAGAAUUGGAUGAAGCUGUUGAUGAAGAGGAUAAGGAACGUAUUGACAAUGCCAUUACUCUCAUGAAGGCAUUGUAUGUCGAUUCUGGUUCGUUGAAACCAACUUGUACUUGGUUGGCUGCUCAAGCCAUUGACGAAUGUAGACAAGCAUGUGGUGGUCAUGGUUACUCAGCAUACAAUGGUUUCGGAAAAGCUUACAAUGAUUGGGUUGUUCAAUGUACUUGGGAAGGUGAUAACAACGUCUUGUGUAUGAAUGUUGCUAAGCCAGUUAUCAGAAACGUCAUUGCAAUUGAAGACGAAGGUAAGGUGAUCAAGGGAGGUUCAGAGUUUUUGAACAAUUUGAAAGAUUACACUGGCUCAGGAGCCAACAAGGUUAUCUUGGAAAACACAAACGACCUUUCCGACAUCAACAAGGUUAUCAAAGCAUUGGAAGUUGCCAUCAUCAGAUUUGCCUCUGCCACUGCCAAGACCGUCAGAACGCAAAAAUUCGACUAUGUUGGUGCUGAUUUGGUCACUUUGUCCAAAUUGAACUCACACCUCUUUUUGUUGAAGGCAUUUGUUGACAGAGUAAACACCCAUGAUGACGACAGUUUGAAACCAUACUUGUGGGACUUGGGUAAAGUAUACGCUGCCACCAUUGUUUUGGAUAGAUUUGCCAAUAUCUUUUUAGCCUUCAAUGUUGCUUCAUCCGAAGCCAUGAUUGACUUGUCAAGAGAUGUUAUUCCAAAAUUAUGUAAACAAGUUAGACCAAAUGUUGUCGGAUUGACUGAUUCAUUCCAAAUGCCAGAUAUGUUUAUUAAUGCUGCUAUUGGAAGAUAUGAUGGUGAUAUUUACGAAAACUACUAUGAUUUGGUCAAGAAAUUGAAUCCACCACGUAAUGACAAGGCUCCAUACUCUGCUGCUUUGCAAGCCAUGUUGAACCGUCCAUCACUUGACGUAAGAGAAAGAUUUGAAAAGACUGAUGAAACUGCUGAAAUAUUGUCCAAGUAA